GAGAUGGUCCUCAGACCUGACUUUCAGCAUGUAAACAAUAUUCAGCUGACAUUCAGCUUCACUGAAACACCAAGCAAAUUAACCCGCGGCCAAGUGCACAACCUGGAACUGUGGCUGGGAAAAAUAUCACCCUGGCCGGCCUUAGCGAAACGAAGAGCGGGAUAAACAGGCGGUUAUGAGGCGCGUGCUGCAGCCGGUUGAACGGGAGAGCUAGCUAGCUUUAGCAAACCUGCCACCGUUAGCCGCAGUGCUAGUGUUCCGGAAAUAAUGGAGUUUGUCGGGAGCCAAGCUCCAUCCGGGACGGUGUUGGAGUUGGACGAGGAUGGGAGAGAGCCAGGGAUGCACAGCUCCAAUCACAUGCACAUGAGGAAAGCAUUCAAGAUCAUGAAUGACCUGAGAAGCAGGAAGAUGCUUUGUGAUGUGCUGCUGGUAGCCGGUGAAGAAGAGAUUCCUGCCCAUAAAGUGGUGCUGGCUUCCUGUAGUCCCUACUUCUGCGCUAUGUUUACAGGAGAAAUGAGUGAAAGUAAAGCCUCGUGUGUGGAGAUAAGGGACGUGGAUGGACAGACUCUCAGGAAAUUAGUGGACUAUAUUUAUACAGCGGAGAUCGAAGUAACGGAGGACAACGUGCAGGUGCUGCUGCCGGCAGCCAGCUUACUGCAGCUAAUGGAGGUGAGACAGGUGUGUUGCGAGUUCCUGCAAGCCCAGCUCCACCCCAGCAACUGCCUGGGCAUCCGUGCCUUCGCUGACCUGCACACCUGCACUGACUUGCUUAGCCAGUCUCAUGCCUACGCUGAGCAGCAUUUUACCGAGGUCAUGCUGGGAGAAGAGUUUAUGGGUCUUUCCCUGCAGCAGGUGUGCAGUCUCAUCUCCAGUGACAAGCUGACUGUUUCUACUGAAGAAAAGGUGUUUGAAGCCAUGAUUACAUGGAUAAAGCAUGAUAAGGAAGCACGAUUAGAGCACAUGCCAAAGCUCAUGGAGCAUGUUCGCCUGCCCCUGUUGUCUCGAGAUUAUCUGGUUCGGAUUGUAGAGGAGGAGGCCUUGAUAAAAAACAACAACACAUGUAAGGAUUUCCUGAUUGAAGCCAUGAAGUACCACCUGUUACCUGCUGACCAGCGGCACCUGAUAAAGACAGACAGGACCCGGCCACGCACACCUGUUAGCUUGCCUAAGGUAAUGAUUGUGGUAGGUGGUCAGGCCCCUAAAGCCAUACGCAGUGUCGAGUGCUAUGACUUCCAGGAGGAUCGCUGGUACCAGGUGGCUGAUCUGCCCUCAAGACGCUGCCGAGCAGGGGUGGUGUUUAUGGCUGGUAAGGUUUAUGCAGUGGGCGGCUUUAAUGGUUCUCUGCGUGUGAGGACAGUGGACGUGUACGAUGGUGUGAGGGAUCAGUGGAGUGCAGUUCCCAGCAUGCAGGAGCGUCGCAGCACGCUGGGAGCUGCCGUGCUGGGGGACCUGCUCUAUGCUGUCGGGGGGUUUGACGGCAGUACAGGUUUGUCCUCUGUGGAAGCGUACAACCCCAAGACUAAUGACUGGGUUUUUGUGGCUCCUAUGAACACCAGGAGAAGCAGUGUGGGGGUGGGAGUGGUGGACGGUAAGCUGUAUGCUGUAGGGGGUUAUGAUGGUGCCUCUCGCCAGUGUCUCAGCACUGUAGAAGAGUAUGAUCCAGUAACUAACAAAUGGGACUAUGUAGCUGACAUGAGCACGAGACGCAGUGGAGCAGGUGUAGGAGUGCUUAAUGGGCAGCUGUAUGCAGCAGGGGGACAUGAUGGUCCACUUGUGAGGAAGAGUGUAGAGGUGUUUGACCCAGCCACGAACACCUGGAGGCAGGUGUGUGAUAUGAACAUGUGCAGAAGGAAUGCAGGAGUGUGUGCCAUAAACGGCCUGUUGUACGUUAUCGGUGGGGACGAUGGCUCGUGCAACCUGUCCUCUGUGGAGUUCUACAACCCUGCUACUGACAAGUGGAGUCUGAUUCCUACUAACAUGAGCAACGGACGCAGCUAUGCAGGGGUGUCGGUUAUUGACAAGCUGUUAUGACGAAGAGCUGUGGUGAGCAGGAGCUCGCUGACUGAAGCGAAGGGCCGAGGUAGACAUACCGUCAUUUAAAGCUGCUCUGUGGGAGGAAUGUCUCUCUGCUCUGGUCACGCUGAGCCUGUGCUCACCAUGACGGUGCGUAAAUCAUGGCAGACUGACCACUAAAAUGGCCUCACACGCUCUCCAAAUGUGCCAUCUGCUUCUGCUGAUUAUCAAAGGCCACAAAUUAUCAGCAAAAAUGGCCUGGCUGGAGCAAGCAGGGUUUAAAGGGCGGGCGGAGUGGAGUGGAGUGGAGUGGAGUGAAGCAGCCUUUCAGCCUGGUGCGCAGUUACAGAGUGGACCAUCUUUCUGCUCAACUACUGAUUUAAACACACUGUAAGUCCAUUUCUGUCAUCCAGGCACCAUGCAACUUCCAAGGCUGAAAUGGGUUUGUGCUCUACAGCCAAGCGAUAAUGUAUAUCCUCCAUCACAGCCUUCAGCCUCAACAUCACUACUGUAAGCUGAAACGGCUUGCGUCACUGAACGUCAUCAGUUUCUUUAGUUUACUUUCCAGUUUUCAACUUAACAGAGUUUAUCAUGGGAUAGAUGCACUGUAGAAGCAACUCUACAAAGCAAUUAACCAGAGACUGAUUAUAGCCAGCUGCUUUUGUGCCAUAACCUGUUGAAUAUUUUGCACAUCUGUGCCGGGACACAGAGAAACAGGUCAUUAAUACUAUACUAUAAUAAACACUAGUUUAUUAGGUGCACUAAACCUUUAUCAUUUUAUACAUUGAACUGAGAUAAAUAUCAUAUUACAAGGUCAGAAGGAUGCCGUCGGCAUGUUUAACAGUUAUUCCACGAAAUUGAGUCGUAUAUGAGCCGAUAGCCGACGACUAUACGCCGUGUACGACGAGAUUGAGUGGAAUAACUGUUUUAUUCUAUCUACAUUCACUGGAGUUUGAGAAACGGAGCAUUUUUAUUUUUUGCAAAUUCGAUCAAUAAAAACUUCAUACAAAACGUCCAUCAAAAUAAUUUCCUGUAAACAAACUGGUGAAAUAGCAAGAGCAAUUUGUGAAAAUGCAAUAAUAAUAAUAAUAAUAAUAAUAAUAAU